AUGGCUGAGACAGAACUCGAGGUGCUGAAACAGCAGCUGGAGUCGCUGCAGCGCUCGCAUGACGCCUUGCUAAACAGUCUCUCGACUAAUGAUAUCUUCAAACCAUCCGAUGCUACCCACCUGCGUCGCAGCUCCACCCGGCUCGGUGGCGACACCGUCUUUGCCGAUACAUCAACACUUUCAGACGACAGCGACGACGACGAAGAUGAUUUCUUCGUCCAGGCCGAGCUCCCGGCCCACUCGUUCGACCAUGAGCACCUCCGCGAUCAUCUCAAGAAUCACUCCUGGGGCUUGCACGGCAGAGAGAUAUUAGCACCCAUCCUCUCUGAUCCUGUAAAACUUUCCAAACAGCCUCACCUAUUUCAACAAGAUGGAAAUCCAGAAGAUCGCAGCCAUUACUCUCAUUUUCAAGUCUACAGCGUCGGCCAGAAUGGUGUCCCGAAACUAAUCGAGGCUGCUAGUCCCGAUAACGACAUGUCCAAUGCACAUCAAAUCUGGGAAUCACUCAAGGAAAUCCACAAACAUGAUGACGAAGUUGUGGUAGGGCGCAUCACGAUUGCGCGCGAACCUUCGCCCAUUCUAUUCGGCGCCCUACACCUAACUCUGCACAAAGCCUUCGAUAUGGACGAGCUUUUCCAAAAACUCGUUGAGACGGACGCGUCUUCUGCGCAUAUGUUCAGGGCUUUUGACGAGGACCCUAAGCACCAAAACACUUUCUUCUUCAAUUUUGAGUAUUACACAAUUGUUGGAGAGGAGUGCAAACCGAUGCAAUGGCAGCUCGCUGACAAGACAAGUGGUGAUUCCGAACACCACAUUCCCUUGGCCCGAUGCAGCGCCAUCGUUGCGCUAGUCCUUCAUGAUGAGAACCCUCGCCGCAUCCGUAAUCGGGCAAGACGUGCCAAAACCCGUUUCGGAUGGGUCCAUGACAUCUGGUCACCGUACCAAGUCCUCCAAUUGGAGUGUUUUCCCGACUGGAAAUCACAGCCAACGCAAGGAACCCCCUAUACGUUUGAGAGUGGUCACAAGUUUCUCAACGGCGCGGAGGCUUUUCUGCAUUCUCUUUUGACAGAGUACCGAGAUGCGAGAAAGAGAUACGACGAGAUAUACAAGCGCAUCACCGAGCUCGUUACUCCCCCGCUAGGCUUCUUGUUUGACGAGAAACUGCGGCAAAAUCGGCUUUUCGAAGAUAAGGAUUUUACCUGGACACGCCGGUAUUUCUACGCCCACCAGACCCUGGGCAGUGUCAACAAUAGCAUCAAAUCCAUGAUCGAUGCUUUUGAAGAUACCUUUACUGAAGAUAUCUGGGAGGGAAGGAAUAAGAUGUUGUGGCCGCUGUUUGAAGAAUCUCCGCGGAACGAACAUUGGAGACGUCGCCUGCGCUUACUAAGAUUGCAGUUUGAGCGAGAAAUGAAGGAGCUCCGGACAAUCAUAGCAGAGAAUAAUGAAAGAAGACAUGAAAUUGAGACGCUGCAGGAACAACUCUUCUCAGGUACGAGUAUCCAAGAGUCCCGGAAGUCUGUGGAAUUAGCAGAUGUUACCGUGCACCAAGGCUACAACAUCAAAGUCCUUACCAUUGUCAACUUGUUCUUCAUGCCCCUUACUUUUGUCACCUCCAUUUUCGGCAUGACAAACAUGCCUGAGAAAGCGGGUUUCACAAACUUUGCAGUGGUCCUCGUCGCCAUUUGCAUACCCUUCUUCAGUAUCAUCGGUUUUCUUUCCACCAAAUAUGGCUACAGCAUCUGGGCGCAAAAGACCAAAGAGCUCUGGCGCUUCAUCUCACCCAAAAAGGACAAAAAGAAACUCCCAGACGAUGAGAACGUACCUCCACGCGGUCAUGUCAAUCGUACGCUGUCUACACAAGAGGCUAUGCGCACGAGGUUGGGUGCAAAUUAUGCAGUACCAAGGAGAUUGUCGGGUGGAAGACCACAGCCUAGCCACCCUAAUAUUCAACGCAUGGUACAAAGAAUGGGCGAAGGGCGACAGAGCGGACUGAUGCGGAUGGGGACUUUGGUCGACGAUGAGAGCCAAGAGUCAGAAAAGGUAGAGCCUGGUAUAAAGAGGGGGAACACGAUGAUUGAGAUUCGCGAACCAUGA